AUGCUCCUGUUGUUUGAUGAGCUUGACUCUUUGCCUUCAACAUCAAUGCGGAAUUACGCCUACAAACUUGAGGUGAACACAGGAGUACACUCCGACGACUCAAAUGUGGAUGCCUGGCACUCAAGCGUCAUCACAUACGCAGGCACCUCGCGCAACCUCGAGGACAUGGGCGGGAGCCACCUACUUCGGGAAGAAGAGGAGUGGGUCUCAGAAAUCCCAGCCAUCUACGGUGCAGGUCAGAAGAGGUAUACCCCUGUUUCCGAGUCUGGCAUCGAAGUAAUGUGUGUGUGA